AUGAAGACCGGCACCAAGCGCACCGCCCGCGACGAGAACGAGCAGCCCCGCGAGACACAGAAAACCAAGGCCUUAAGGAUGGAUAUGAGGAGCCGGCCCGACCAGGCGAAGCGUCCCGCCGAAGACGGUCUGCAGCAGACGAACAACAAGAACCUCCGCCAGAGUCUGCACAAUCAGUCUUCCCAGUUCCAGCGUGGGCAGGAGGACGGCUCGGUCCUCACCGCGCGCGUCGUGAAGGCGCAGAAGAAGAAGCGCGAGCUCGAGGCGAAGCAGUACGCCGCCGCCCAGGGCCAUUCCGAGAUCCAGUCUGCUCCCGCCUCGAAGUCGUUCGAGUUCACCUACCCCGUCAAGAUGAUCGGGCACCCAGAGCACACCUUCGGCCACGCCCAGCCUUUCGUUGAGCCCUCGCAGCAGGCCGUCGCCCCCGCUCAGACGUUCUUCCGCUCUGCUUCUACUCGCGCCCAGCACCGCCCCGUGUUCGCGCACCCCGGCCACGCGUCCCAGCCCGUCCAGACCGGGCAGAGCACUGCGCGUGUCGCCCAGAAGCGUCGCCGCACCUUCGUCGUUCCCCGCACGCCCCAGGCUAGUGAGCCCGAGCCCGCCCGCGCCGAGGUCGCUCUCUCCGCCUUCGUCUGGGACCGUAAGGGUAAGGGCAAGGCGAAAGAGCCCGACGCCAGCCCCGAGGACACGGCUUUGGCCGGCCUCAUUGAUCUGGGCCGCGCCCUCCCCGAGCCUACUCCCCUCAUUGCCCGCCACGACUGCCAUUACGCGCCUCCUCCCUACGGCGUCGCCGGCCCCUCGACGUACAGGCAGCGCUCUCUUGAGGCAUUCCCUGUGUACCGCGCCACCUCCGCUCCCCGCAUCGGUCACUAUGGCACCCACAACGUCUACCAUGGCUACAGGUAG